AGGUUCAAACUACUGUAGUGUGAUUAUUCUUGUGACCUGGACGUAGUGUUCAUGUGGACUUGUGAUCCUAGAAGAGCGAUUAGCUUUUUUACGACUCGGUGAUGGGUAAACGUAAGGACCAAGCAAAGGCUGUGGCCAGCGAAGAAGCGAAUCUGGAAGGUAAUGGUGGAGGAGACGUCCCUCUCAAAAAGGGCAAAGCGGCUGGCGGGAAAAAAGGAGCGCUCGUAGCGGAACCGGACUCCACGGUGGGCGAUGAGGCAAGCAAGUCGAGCUCCAAAGGCAAGAAGGCGAAGCCUGUACUCGCUGAAGAGCGAAAGGAUCAGGAGGACGUGGUGGACCAGGACCUCGAUGACGUUGCUCCGGAUUCAGUUGCUGCCAUCGACCCGGAGGAAGCUGCUUCUCGUCCGAAAAAAGGUCGACAGAAGAAUGGCGCAGCGGUUGUAGAGGAGAAGACGAAUCAGAAGCCCGGGAAGGAAAAGCCGAACAAACGUGCAGCACUAAAGACAGAUGAUGCGUCCUUAACUGAUCUGUCUCCUGUGAAGAAGCCCGCUGGCAAGGGCAGUCGUCCGAAAAAAAUUGUGGAAGAUGCGUCGUCCACCGAGGAAGUCACAGAGCCCGCGGAAGGAAGACGUCCGAAGAGAAAUGCAGCCGCGGCGGCAGCUGUGGCAAUGGCUGAGGGUGCUUUAGCAGAGAAGCAGUUUGAAUCUAAACGAAAGAAGAAGGGUGACUUGGAAGAAGGAAAGAAGCAAGCGCCUAAAGAGAAGAAGUCGCGUGCUAAGAAGAACGCAGCUCCUGCUACCGCUGAAGAAGAGGAAGAAGAACACAUAGAAGAAGAUGACGGUGAAGUGAAGGCAUCCGUUGCGGAGGAUGAGGAAGAGGAGGAAAAGCCAGUGGUUCCUGUGAAAGGCAAAUCUGCUGGUAAGAAGAACAAAGUCGCGCCUGGCAAGAACAAGAAACCUGCUGAUGAAGAAGAUGAACAAGACGAGGUUGCCGAAGCUCAAGACGAAGAAGUCGAAGCUGGAAAUAAGCCUGGCGCUAAACGGGGGAGGCAAAAGAAGGCCAAGUGAAGUCGUGAAAAGUAUAUUUUGUGACCUCAUUUCCGACCCACGAGCAUGAGGGCAACCGGCAUUCUUCCUCAGUCAAUCUCAUUGACGGUAUUUUUUUCGGUUGCCAGCAUUGUUCGUGUUGAGAAGGAAAAAGAAAUCAAGAGCUUUUUGAUCUCUUCCCGUCUGCAAGUCCGCGGUGUUUGCUGGUGUGUUUUUCGUGAUUGGUUUCUGUUCCCUUGGUUGCGUGCUUGAGUGCGUAAACGGAAAGGACAGAAUCGCGAAAAGAAAGACAUGAAUAAAAAUUAAUCUCGAAGGGUCA